AUGGCGGCUCAAGCGCCGGUAGAUGAGAUCGCGCAGCUCAGCGUGAGCGAUGCGGCUACCACAAAGCCCAAGCCAGGUCUUGAUUCGGCUACCGCCACCAAUGGCAACCUGAACCGUGACAGCGAUGAUUCCGACGACGACGCGGAAAAUGCUGCCCCGGGCGCUGAGACGGGGGCCGCCAAGAAGAAGAAGAAGAGAAAGCCGAAGAAGAAGAAGAAGAACCCCACGGCCCAGUCCGACCCCCCGCGGGUUCUGAUCUCGCAGCUCUUUCCCGACAAGGUGUACCCCAAGGGCGAGGAGGUGGAAUAUGUGAACGAGAACAGAUAUCGCACCACCAACGAGGAGAAGCGCCACCUCGACAACCUCAAGAAUGACUUUUACAAUGACUACCGUCAUGCUGCUGAGGCCCACCGCCAGACUCGCCAGUGGGCACAAAAGAACAUCAAGCCUGGCUGGUCGCUGACUGACAUUGCCAACGGCAUUGAAGACAGCGUCCGUGCUCUUGUUGGUCACCAGGGUCUUGAGGAGGGUGAUGCUUUGAAGGCAGGUAUGGGUUUCCCUACUGGCCUCAGUCUCAACCACUGCGCUGCCCACUACAACCCCAACGCUGGAAACAAGAUGGUUCUCCAGCAGGAUGAUGUCUUGAAGGUCGAUAUCGGCGUGCACGUCAACGGCAACAUUGUCGACAGUGCCUUCACCUUGGCUUUCAACCCCCGUUAUGACCCUCUUCUCGAGGCUUGCAAGGCGGCCACCAACGAAGGUCUCAAGCAGGCUGGUAUUGAUGCCAGACUUGGCGAGAUUGGUGGGUACAUCCAGGAAGUCAUGGAGAGUUACGAGGUUGAGCUGGACGGCAACACGUACCAGGUUAAGCCGAUCCGCAACCUCAACGGACACACUAUCCUCCCAUACAACAUUCACGGAGGCAAGAGCGUGCCCAUUGUGAAGAGCAACGACCAGACCAAGAUGGAGGAGGGUGAUGUCUUCGCCAUCGAGACCUUCGGUAGCACUGGCAACGGCUACGUGCACGAGGAAGGUGAGAUCUCUCACUACGCAAAGAGAAUGGAUGCGCCCAAGGUGGACCUCCGUCUCAGCUCAGCCAAGUCUUUGUUGAACGUCAUCAACAAGAACUUUGGCACCCUGCCAUUCUGCAGACGUUACCUGGACCGCCUUGGCCAGGACAAGUACCUGCUUGGCUUGAACAGCCUCGUUGCCAACGGGGUUGUGGAGUCUUAUCCUCCUCUGGUGGACAAGAAGGGUUCAUACACAGCACAGUUUGAGCAUACCAUCUUGAUCCGACCUACCGUAAAGGAGGUCAUCAGCCGUGGAGAUGAUUACUAG